AUGAAGAAAGCAAAAGGAGGAGAUUUUAAUUUUGCUUCAAGAGCACAAAAGAUUGAUAAGCUUGAGUUCCCAUAAUCAACAGAGGAUCGUUUCAUCGUCAAAGCAAAUAAAGAUGUACUUGCAAUAGCUGAAUAAAUCUUAGGGAGUUGGAUUCCAAUGGAAAACAUAUGAUGACAAAUUGUUAGCUAGAAAUAUAGACAAAUAAACCUUUGAUAAUACAGUGGCUGAAGCUACUCGUAUUUGUCGUAAUUUGUGGAGAGAAAAAUAAAGAGAAGAACACAAAGACCCAACCAAAGCAUAUUAACCACUUCUCUAUGUGUCAGUUUUCUUAAUACUUUUGGCCUUCGUGUUCCUUUUAGUUUUAAUCUAUGGAAAUAGAGACAAAUUAGCAUUGCUCUAUGUUGCAGUGGCUAUUCUGUGUCUAGCAGCAUGUAUUUUGAAUAUUUCAUAUAGUGCUUACUUUAAUAGUUGUUGCUAAGACUUGGAGUUUAGAACCAUAGUUUAUGGAUUUGGAAAAAGAACAGCUCAACAAAGUGACAGAAUACUUAAACAAUCAGAACUUAUAAAUUUAUCAAAACAAAGGUUAUAAAUGGUAAGUCGAACCCAAUCUCUAUUGGAUUGAAUUAGUUUCCAUUUGA